AUAAGUCACUGCCUUUAUUGUGCAAUAAUGAGUAGCUUGCAAUUGAUACAUAUACACAAGUUUACCCCUGCAACUGUCAAGUAUUUCCUACAAAUUCAAAUAUUUCAGGGUAAUUAUGUAGCCAUUAUUAACAUACCUAGCUAUCCUCAAUGUGUGAAAGAAAAAUAUUUCACUUAGUUCCAUUAAGACAAAGCAGUUCUCCUAUCUCUUCUGCCCUAAAAUAUCUACUAAAGGAGGUGAUACCCAUUAACAAGAUCUAAGUUGGCUAAGUUUACCUAAGGAUCAGGAAAUACUCACUUAUGUAUGACACAGGAAAACAAAAAUAACUAGCCAAAAGUAAAUAUCCUUGCAUGCAAACAUGAGAACUUUUACCAAAAAAGGGGGAUAAGUUGGAUUCUGAAAUUAGAAUAUUGAGCUAACAGAAGAUCAGGAGUGCUGUGGGAAGUGACACCAAACUUGGGGAACACCAGUGAUCAGUGUUUCACACAAGGUAAAAAUCAUAAAGGACAGUCAAAGAAGCUGGCACUGAUAAAUAUGUGGUGCUAUGUAAGAGUUUAUUGCUAUCAGCCAACUAAGUUAAUUAUCUAUUAAUAACAAUACAUAUGAACUGAAAUGCUGGCCUUUACUGGAAGAAUGCAGGAUUAAAAAUAAAGAAAAAGCAAUGGGAGACUUCUGUUAUCCCAUCAUUGAUUUAUUAAAAACCAUAUUAAGGUAUGAUAUUGAUGUUUAAGUGUUUAAAUGCAACAAACGACCAUUCUGCCUUGCACUAUUGCCAACACUGGUUAUCGAUCACAGCUGAACCAGGACACUGCAUCUCACGAACCUUUAAUCUGAGCCAGUUUAUUAUUUACUCAUCCUCCCAUGCCAGGGCAGUUCUGAAAAAAAAAAAAAACAAACCCACCCAAAAACCAAACAACUCUGUGAGAUCUUACACGGUAAAUUACAUGGUAAAUUGGACUUUACACACAUCAAAACAGUCCAGGGCAAGCUCGGCUCCAAAAUGGUUUAAAGAAACAAGUUCCAGCACAAAUUUGUAUAAACCAGAUGCUGCGGCUAAGGCAGACGGAUUCCCAAAAUCCAGCGGGAGCACAGGCAACAUUAUUGCUCUACAAUGCACAGGAUUUUGAUUCCGAAUAUUAUCCUUUUGUAGAACGUAAUGAGUUACAAAGGAACAGGAAACUAGCAAUACAGCUAAUGGAAAGAAUGACAGGAGAAGCUCGCCAAUUCACUCUUAGAGUAAACAGCGCAUUAGCCACUAGGUUCUAGUCAUGCUCUGACAUCUAGAAACAAACACCUCCCUGCCCACCGCUGCACAAACCCAGCCAGCCCUCAUUUCCCCGCUCCCACAGGCAGAGGGAAACUAACACGGAAACGCCGCGGAAGCGCCGAGCCCCGCUCCCUCAUGGCGGCCGCGCAGGCGCACGGGCCGCUCCCGCCCCCGGAUCUCCCGCCCUCGGUUCCGGCGGCCUGAGGGGCGGCCCGGCCCGGCUGAGCCCCGCUGCAGGGUGAGCUCGGAGCCCCGCCGCCCGCAGCGCCAUGGACAGCUUCCUGGAGGAGGAGGGCGAGGAGGCGCCGGCGGUGGUGGGGAAGAGAAGGAGGAGGAGGAGCCCCGGCGCCCAGGCGGCCCCGCAGCCGCCCCUGCGCCUGCCCUUCCUGCCGGAGCAGCCGGUAUCUUCCAACGAACACAAGUUAAACUUCAAGAAGAGCAAGGAAGCAUGUUUAAAUUACAUUCAGGAUGCCUUGCUCCAAAAGCAGUGGAAAAGGGCUGCAGAGUUCCUGACCUGCUAUGUUGAGUCACUAGAGAAGGACUAUUCCAGAGAACACAUUGGUCCAUCAGAGAUAAUUUGGAGAAUAGGAACUGAAAUUUUGUGGCAUCAUUCCCAAAGCAGCAUGAAAGAGUUCAAUUGUUUCAUAGAACAGAUGAAAACUUUAGGAGUAAAAAGGUACUUGAAGGUCUGCUUGGAGCAUGUCUUUCAUCUCCUCUGCAAUGGGCAAAUUGAUGAAGCCUACCAGAACCUGUCCCUGGCAGAAAGCUGGAGGUUUGGAGAGCAAACAGCCAUUCAGGAUAAGGAAAUGAAGCUGAUUCAGGCUUACAGAGGACUCUUGGACUACUAUAGCUGGUCUAAGCAAAAGAAUAUCCUGUUAGAGCAUGGUGAGGAUGGAUUUUCAGACUUGGCUGUUGAGCAGGAAAUGCACGGUUACUUUCGGAAGGCAGCAAUGAACUUGAAGGAGAUUAUUAAAAUACCUGGAGUCUGGGAUGUCUUUGUGAAAUGCUAUGUGGAUUUGCUGGAGUUCUAUGGAGACCACAACGAGGCCCUCCAAGUGUUAAAUGAAUAUGCCUACAACUCCAAGUUCCCUGCUAACCCCAAUGCUCAUGUCUACCUCUAUCAGUUCCUCAAGAGGCAGGGUGAAUCCAAGAAAUCCCUCAUAUCUGCACUGAAGAUCUUGCAUGAUAUUGUUCCUUCUCAUGAACUGAUGAUAGAUUUUAAUACCAUGCUUCAAAAAUCAAAGAAAAGAAAAAAACGUCGGCUGGGCCUAGAAGUUAUUUUUACAGCCUUGGAUUACGCUGGCUGGAAAGAAAAUGCAAAAGCAUGGAGCUGUUUGGCAAGACAGGUGAAACAAAUUGUAAUCUCUGAGAAGCAUCUUGACUGGAUCAAGCAAGAGUGGAGCUCCAGGAAGGACUGGUGGCCAGCCUUCCAUUUUAGCCGUUACUUGGCAAAAAGGAAUUGGCAGGAAAAUAAAAGCCUUUCAUAUGAAAAAGCUCUGGUGGCUGGACUCCUACUGGGAAAGGAUUGCAAAUACUUUAAAUAUGUAUCACACCAAGGCUGCAAAGCUCAGCUGAAAAGGUUUCGGAUGCUGAAGAAGUUUGUGAGCAGGCACAAUCUUAUCUACAUGAGAAUAUCUGGUCCUCCAGAUUCCUCUGUUCAGCCUUGAUGAGGUGGUGUCUUUAAGGUUCUUGGUGUACUUUUUCCUCUCUGUAAAAUGGACUUCUGUGUUGGCUACUCCAAAACUUCUAGGCAGACCCUAUUGACUCAGUAUUAGACUUAUUUUUAUAUAUAUUUAUGUAAAAACACUUUGGUUUGUAUUUAUUUUAUAAUAAAAUGAAUAUAAAUCAACUGAUAAUGUUGAAGAAUUUCUGUAAUGUUACUUUCAUGUUUGUGUGAAAUGCAAACAGUGUUGAUUCCAAAUACAUCUUGAAAGAGCAGA